CACCACCAGCGCCACCCACACAGCUGCUGCGUCUACCUCCUCAUCUGCCGGAUCUGCCGCGUACACGGGCACGCUUCCUGGCUCCGCCGCCGUGAUCGGUGCGCUCGCAAUGGGCGUAAUUGCCGAGAUUCUGUAAGUGAAAGAAACAGGCACUUCGAAGUCGCACAAGCCGGUCAGCGAAGCGAUCGAUAAAUCCGAAUCGAACCAACCCGCACGACACGACUGCGACCCUCGUAACCUCGUUUCUCUCGAAUGACGGACUCCAAAAUUAGGACAUGACAUGCAGGCCAACCGAGGCAGCUUCAAGUUUCAGCGAUGAGUGUAGUACUAUCUGCUACUUGACCUUUUUCUUUUCUCUUUUCUUCACUUCCCCUCACACCGUUUCCCUCCCCCCGCUUUCCUUUCCCUUCCCCUCGUUCCUUUCUUAUUGUCUAUCUUUGACAUCUUUCCACGAGUGACGUGAUAUUGGUACAUUAUGUGGUUUCCCUUGAUGAUACAUAGUUUAAAUGCGCAG